UCGCCCGGAGGAGGGCUGACCGUAAACUCUCGGAAAGUCUCACCGGCCGCUAAGGUUGAGGUGGGCUUCCCGUUUGGCCGAGAGCUCGGUGGAGUUGACCGUGGACUGUCUUUGGUGGCUCUGGCCGGAGGGGAGAAACUUUCGAUUUGCUUUUUUUACUUUAAGUGAACCGACACUUGCUUCGGGUCUAGGCAAAGCGGCGGAGCAACCGAAGUUCACUUUUCAGGAGUUCAUAACGUAAACGGAGGUUCCUAGGCCACGCCCAGACUUCUUUAACAAAAGCGUCCUGAGAGACCCUCGCUAACCGACGCGGACUCUCGGGCUGCGCUCUACGUGGAGCAUUACGGCGCGCGCACCGAGCCGCUGACCUGUGACCCGGAAGUUUUCUCCCCGAGCCGCGCACGUUGAGCCGGCUUUGGGUCUGCCUUUUUCCCAUAGCCUGCAGUCAUGUCUUCCAAGAAGAACAGAAAGCGGCAGAAAGAGGGCGCGGAGGGCACGUCGCCCUCGCUGUCUGCCGCUUCGUCUCGCUCGGGGACCCCGGCUCCUCUCGCCCGGCCGGCCGUGGCGGCGCCGGGGAUGCUGGUGGUCACCAACUUCCUCGAGAAAGUAGAUGGCAAAGUUCCUAAGACAUUCCAGAAUUCCCUUGUUCAUCUUGGACUUAAUACUAUGAAGUCUGCAAACAUUUGUAUAGGCCGACCAGUGCUCCUUACCAGUUUGGAUGGAAAGCAGGAGGUUUAUACAGCCUGGCCAGUUGCAGGAUUUCCUGGAGGCAAGGUUGGCCUGAGUGAAAUGGCACAGAAGAAUGUGGGUGUGAGAGCUGGUGAUACCAUCCAGGUCCAGCCUCUCUUGGGAGCUGUGCUUCAGGCUCAGGAAAUGGACUUGGCACUGAGUGACAAAGAUAAGGAAAUUAAUGAAGAAGAACUGACUGGGUGUAUUCUGAGAAAACUAGAUGGCAAGAUUGUUUUACCAGGCAACUUCCUGUACUGUACAUUCUAUGGACGACUCUGCAAGUUACAAGUGUUGCAAGUAAAAGGGACAGAUGGCACAACAUUGGGAAAACCUCAGAGUGCCUCUGCUGCUGAUAGCCAGGGCCUGGCGUCUGAACACUCCAGCAUGGAAAGCAGUGACGGGGAUAUAUCCUUCCAGCUAAGCCAGUUAGAUCUGAAAGAGCCUCAGAGCCCAGCAUCCCAGAGUACUCCCUGUAAAUCCGUUAAAGACAGAGUUAUGAAUAAAGCUGGUGAAGUUUUGUUAGAUGUUACACAGAGCCCCAGGGAUGGCAGUGGACUUGGACUAGAGGAAGUCACAGGUCCUAAGUGUAGUUUUGAUUCAUCCAGAGAAGGAAAUACACAGCCUGUCAAUGAAGAGAAACUACUGAAGUCUACCAGUGCAGGGGCAAAGAGGAAUACUGAUACUUUUUAUUUUAUUUCUUCGACAACAAGAAUCAACCUUAAAAAGAUUUGUACAAAUUCGAAAGAACAAGACAGCCAAUUCAAAGUAACUUAUGACAUGAUUGGAGGCUUAAACAGUCAGCUGAAAGCAAUAAGAGAAAUAAUUGAACUGCCUCUCAAGCAGCCUGAACUUUUCAAGAGUUAUGGGAUUCCAGCACCUAGAGGGUUGUUACUCUAUGGUCCUCCAGGCACUGGGAAGACAAUGAUUGCUAGGGCUGUUGCUAAUGAAGUUGGAGCUUAUGUUUCUGUAAUUAAUGGUCCUGAAAUUAUAAGCAAAUUCUAUGGUGAGACUGAAGCAAGGUUACGCCAGAUAUUUGCUGAAGCCACCCUACGGCACCCAUCAAUUAUUUUUAUUGAUGAGCUGGAUGCACUUUGCCCUAAAAGAGAAGGAGCUCAAAAUGAAGUGGAAAAGAGAGUUGUAGCCUCACUCUUAACACUGAUGGAUGGCAUAGGCUCAGAAGGAAGUGAAGGACGGGUAUUAGUCCUUGGGGCUACAAAUCGCCCUCAGGCGCUAGAUGCUGCACUCAGAAGACCAGGACGAUUUGAUAAAGAGAUUGAGAUCGGGGUUCCUAAUGCCCAGGACAGGCUUGAUAUUCUCCAGAAGCUGCUCCGAAGGGUGCCACACUUGCUCACUAAAGCUGAGCUGCUGAGGCUGGCAAAUAAUGCCCAUGGAUAUGUUGGCGCUGACUUGAAGGCUUUGUGUAAUGAGGCAGGUCUGUAUGCCUUGCGAAGAGUCCUGAGGAAACAGCCUAAUCUCCCUGAUAGCAAGGUGGCUGGCAUGGUGAAAAUUACCCUGAAUGAUUUCUUACAAGGGAUGAAUGACAUCAGACCUAGUGCUAUGAGAGAGGUAGCGAUUGAUGUCCCAAAUGUAUCCUGGUCAGAUAUUGGAGGACUGGAAAAUAUCAAACUGAAAUUGAAACAGGCUGUGGAAUGGCCCUUGAAACAUCCUAAGUCUUUCAUCAGAAUGGGUAUUCAGCCACCUAAAGGAGUUCUCUUGUAUGGUCCUCCUGGAUGCUCCAAAACAAUGAUAGCAAAGGCUUUGGCCAAUGAAAGCGGGUUGAACUUUCUAGCUAUAAAGGGGCCUGAGUUAAUGAAUAAAUAUGUUGGUGAAUCUGAAAGAGCAGUUAGAGAGAUAUUCCGUAAAGCAAGAGCAGUGGCACCUUCCAUUAUCUUUUUUGAUGAACUUGAUGCUUUGGCAGUUGAAAGGGGCAGUUCUUCAGGUGCUGGGAAUGUUGCAGACCGUGUUUUGGCUCAGCUGUUAACGGAGAUGGAUGGGAUUGAACAGCUAAAAGAUGUAACAGUUUUGGCAGCUACUAAUCGCCCAGACAGAAUAGACAAGGCGUUGAUGCGGCCUGGAAGAAUUGAUAGGAUCAUUUACGUGCCCUUACCGGAUGCAGCAACAAGAAGGGAAAUACUGAACCUACAGUUCCACUCAAUGCCAGUCGGUAACGAGGUUGAUCUGGAUGAACUCGUCCUCCAAACUGACACUUAUUCAGGAGCAGAGAUCAUAGCUCUCUGCAAGGAGGCUGCUCUUCUGGCCCUGGAAGAAGAUAUUAAAGCUGACCGCAUUAUGAAGAGGCAUUUCACUCAAGCCUUGAGCAUUGUGACACCUAGAAUCCCAGAGUCACUGAUGCGCUUUUAUGAAGAUUACCAAGAGAAGAGUGGGCUACACACAGCCUAAGAAAUGCAUACUUAUAUGCAUAUAUUUUGUAGAGAAAAGUUUUGUUUGCAAAUUUUGUCUUGAGAGUGUUUACAGUUUCUUAAUAGGUAAAUGUUUGAAAUAACCUCCCUGGAGUUGAAGAGCCUCACCUAAAUGUUUUCGAAUCAUUCAAGUACAAUAAACAUAUCUCUGGGCAUGAGUUCAAACCAGUUUUACAUUUUGAUUUUCAACAACAUACAUUCAUCCCUUGUAUUAUUUCUUUACUGCAGAAUUCACCAGUUCUUUGCUUAUAGAUAGGAUUUUAUGAUGCCUAGGUUGGCCUCCAACUCCGUAAAGCUGGAGGUGAACUUCAACUUCUGAAUCUGUUGCUUCUGCUUCCCAAAUGCUGGCAUCACAGCUAUAUUUUGCAGUACUGUUGAUGUGUGCUGGACCUUGAACCCAGGGCCCAGCACAUGCUAGGCAAGUACCCUACCAGCCAAGCCACGUUUCCUCUCCCAAAUCUGCACUCUGAAAUGCCAGCCAGGUUUAGUUCCAGAUGUGUAGUUCUCAUUGCUCUUGGCACCUGCAUUUGUGGCCAGAAAGCAUGAAAUUUUCACAUACAGUGAUAGGCUUAGAAAAUUUAAAAGUAUGGGUCCAUCCAGUUUGAGGCCAGAACUGGACCCUCAGCUUUUGCUACAAUACUGUAAGGAAAUCAAAGUGUAUGCCAGUUUUAAUGUAUACCUGUGUACAAGUUGUUCGUUAAUCGUUUCAGUUAAAAAGAAAAACCUAAGAAUCAAACAGGGCUGUCGAGAUGACUUAGCAGGUAAAGGCAUUUGCCACCAACCCUAACAACCUGAGUUUGGUCUCUGGUGGACAGAGAGAACCCAUCAGGUUGUCCUUUGAACUUUUCACAUGUGCACCAGAGCAUGAACACACACACAUACACACACAAAUAAAUGUCAUUUAAAAAUUAACAACAAAAUUACAAAUUUUACCUUGAAUUCUGUUGGAUUAUGUUGUAUUCUAAAUAUGUGUGUUUAUGCCUCUAGUUAAAUAUCCUCAAAAUUCCUUGACACUUUGAUACUGCGUAAACCCUCUUUAAAAAACUGGCUGGGCGGGCAGUGAUGGUGUGGUGUUAGUGCAAAAAAAGGAGAUGGAAGGUCAGAGUUUAAAAAGAUUUUAGAGCCAGGCAGUGGUGGCACACGCCUUUAAUCCCAGCACCUGGGAGGCAGAGGCAGGCAGAUCUCUGUGAGUUCAAGGCCAGCGUGGUCUACAGAGUGAGUUCCAGGACAGCCAGGGCCACACAGAAAACCCAUCUUGGGGUAGGGGUGGGGAUGACAAAACAGAACAAAACUCUGUCCAGGUGAUCAGUGAGAACCUGGCAGCUAGUGUUUGAAAAUCAGAAAGACAAUUGUGUGACUGAAGAUAGUCUGAAGAAGUGAGGAAGCCACAUGACAGCUGUUCAUCCUGUCACUGUCUGAUACACUUGGCAAGACAGCAUUGGUCACCAGUUCAUAACACCACUUAAGGAAGAAAAGUGUUACUAUUUAGUACUGUGCUGUCAAAUAUAAGUAUUAUAUUUAUUUAAAUGAAAUAAUAUCAAAAUUUCAUCAGCCAUAUUAGGUAUACUUUAAAAUGUGACCGUAUAGAAAAAUCCCAUCAUUCAGAUAGUUUGGUUGGAUAGUGAUAACUUGUAAAUUACCUUUAUAACUGGGCACAGUGGUACAUACCUAUAAUCCCAGCUUUGGGGAGGUACAAGUAGGGGAUUAUGAGCUUAAGGCCUGCCUGGGCUACAUGAGACACUGGUGUUAGGAUAAAGAAAUUAGGCAUACACAAUGAGAUAAACAAGGCCUCAAAACUACUUUUGUGCUCUCCACUUCCAUUUUAGUUAUUUGUGAAUAAAAUUAUGGCAAGGAAGGACCUCACUUUCUUCCCACGUAUGACUCAGAAUAUAAGAGGAUAAGAGAAAAGCUAACUUUCCAAGGACUGGGCAAGAAUCUGAAGAGAACACCUCUCCUCAUGAAGUACAAACCAGAACUUGACUUGAGUCAGGUGGGGGAAAGAAAGAUGUUGAUCUUGACUAACAAAGGAGAGUGGGUGUUGUCACCACAUGGGAAGCUGGAGUUGAGCCUCAGCUCUACAUACUGCCCAGUUCUGAGCAUACACACACACACCCCAUAUCCCCACACCCUCAGUGCAAGAGUAGACUAGAAGAGUUCUUCCCCUGGCAGAGGGAACCACAGGCACCUCAUACUUGCCCUGUGCUUUGGAUAUUUGAAAAAGGCCUACUAGGGAUUGUGCCCACAGACUUAACCACAGUGUUGACGUUUGAACUCACACUACUUCAGAUUCCCACGAAAGCAUACAUCCACAAAAGGACUGUCUUAGGGUGGCUAACAGCCCCACUAGUGAAGAUGCCUACACCCUGGCUACUGGAGGUUCUGAGCAGAUGACAUCCCAUAGAGAAGCGUUUGUAAUCUCCCAAGGAUGAGCAGGAGAACUUCGGACAAUGCCAUGUAAUUCGGUGCAGCCACCUCAGAAAGCAGCUCAGGAGUCUUAGGUCUCUGGGUAUGCACAGUGACUUCAAUUCAAAGACCUUUAAAAGAGUGGGCCUCUACCUGUAAUGGCAGUUGAGGAAGUGUAAGGGAAGGCAUACAAUAGAACACAGUGACAAUUGAGAAUAAUUAGAGAUCCACAUGAGACAGUUGAAUUCAAAGCUGAAGAGAAAUACCUUAGAGAGUGUAAAGCAUGAAGCUGACUGUAGGUUUAAGCCUGCCUACACGACAAGACCCUGUCUCAAAUAGAAUUACAUGUUGUUUAUGGGGACUGUACAAGUAAAAAGGAGACAUCAAAUAGGUGUUGCGGAGAGGCAAAAGCUGCAGUUCUUAUAUUGUGUUAGUUGCUUCAGUUAUUAGCUGAGUGACAGUAAUCCAGGUGUCAUUUUUUUUGUAGUUGUGCCUGAAUAUGUGUUGCUAAUUUUAUAAGUAGGCCUUGAACAUCACAGUCAUUUAAUUACAUGGACUUACAUCUCAAUCCAGGGUACCUACACCCUGUCUAAAGACUCAGGAUCGCUGUGUUCAAGGAUAAAAUGCAGAGUAAAUAAAUAAGGUGCAAGAAGAGAUGGAGACCUAGGAGACCAGUGGAAAGAAAUGUGUUGAUGGAAGUUAAUGCCUUAGCAGUAGAUCUGUUUCCAUGGUGCUGUGGUGUUAGUGCAAGAAAGGAGAUGGAAGGUCAGCGUUCAAAAAGGUUUUAGAGCCAGGCAGUGGUGGCCUAUACCUUUAAGAUUUUAGAGCACUAAUUGUAGAAACAGAAGUUCUGGGUGAUAAAGUUCUUAGUGACAGUAUCAUUGACAUGACUCAGCCAUGACAAAGAUUCCUAAGCCUCACACCUAUUGUAGAUUGGCAAAGCCAUUCCCCAUAUGGGCUAGGCUCAAGAGGAGUGGCAAAACUUUCCUGGGGGUUCUAGUGUUAGCAAGUGACCAGUGUGCACAAAAGCUAGCCGCUGCAGCUCCCCCUCCCUGUUUGCAGCCAGAGUCAUGGCCUGUGAGGUACCACCUGCGAAGACUAGCCACACCCUCCCCUUGUGCUGUACAUAAUGGACAGUGAGGUUCUGGGUUGCUGACAGUAGUGGAUGCCCUCUGUCAGUGUGCAGAGCCCCACCUGGCCCCAGCUGUCCUGUAUAUGUGUCUGUGUGCCUGUCCUCCAUUCCCUCCCUCACCCUAGUCAGGUUCCAGGACCCAGGCUGCACACAGGAGUUGCAGUAACCCACCCUGAAGCUUUAGUCCUAAAUCAAGCUGUUCUCUUAUUCGACUUGUGCCCUUUUUAUACCAGUACUGUUACAAAGCACACAAAAGACCAGGCCAGAUGUCAACACUACUUGUUUAUGCCAGCUUUGCCUUAAGGGUUUCAUUUCUGAUACCAAAGGCUCAUGUUUAGGGACAAGUGGUACAUGAUCAUGCUAUUUGUGUUUGUUGUGAUGGAAUGCAUAGUACAGGUCAUGGCCUAUUUAACAAGAAAAUGGCUAGCUUCUUGUCCUCAUAUGGUUUACUUUUUGGCAUCUGGUCAGGAGUUUGUCCUUGUUCUACAUUUUUUUUUUCUGAUUGAAAUUUUGAAGAAUGGCUUCCACCCUUUAUCUCUAAUGUGUGAAACAGUUUUCAAAGGAAAUGUAUAGUUUGUUUUUGCUCAGUUUAAGACUAGGUCUCACUCUGUACUCAAGCUGGUCUUAAACUCAAGGCAAGCCUGCUGUCUCGGUCUCCCAAGUCCUGGGAUCACAGGCUUAAGUAUCUGCCGAAUGUAUGAUGAUCAGAAAGAAGCUAACUAUAGGAAGCAGAAUGGAAUUAUCAUCUGGUCUGUCACUCCGUAAAUGAAGCCCUCGGGUCCUUGCUUGUUUUCUCCUCCUUCUGGAGUCCUGCCUGGAAGUGCAAACACACACCUGGUUACUCUCUAGAAUCAGGUGUGGCUUACACUAGAGUGAGUUCAGGGGUGUUUGACAGCUUAAUGCUCUGUUUACUUGCUUGCUCCUCCCACGUCAACCUGGGUGUAUCUCAGAAAACACAAAUAAAUUCCUUAUUUGAAAGCCA